UUGCUGGAAUCGUGACGGCAACUCGUGGUGCCUCUCAUGACUUCAGGCAGGCUAUCGUUUCACUUAAUCAUGAUUGGCACUAUAGGCGAGCAACGACGAAAAUUCCGGCGACAUGGUCGCUUUCCAGGCUUGCCGGCAACCCCGCAUUUGGCGUUUUCGUUAGCUAAAAACGAAGAACUUCAAUCCCGUCAAGUUUGCUGUGACAGCACAGCGACUUUCUUUUGUCUUCUUCUCGGUCUCGCAUCUACCACCAACAAGUUUACACAACGUUGACGACGCCGCGGGAGAGUCGGAAAUCAAGUGAGCCAGCUGGCAUUAUCGGAACAUAGUACUUGGUAACCAUGAGCUUCUCUACCCCGUCGUCCGUACCUAGGCUCUGGUAACUCUGAUGGUCGGG